GUGGGAUUUCAUGAAAGUAACAAUGAGAGGAUAAUAAUUUAGCUAAGAAUUGGGGAGAAUAAGUCAAUUAGUGACUAAGAAAAAAAAAAAUCACUAUAGCACUUCUGUCAUACAUGUCUUGAUGUGUGCCACCCUGUGCACCCAGUGUGUCUGGUGGCUGAUGUAUUGACAGCACAGAUAUAGAACAUUUCCAGCAGUGCCAUUUCUCCUGGACACACUGGAAUGCUAGCUAAUCCAUUGUUUCCCCCUUCACUUCACAUGUUAGGGCCUUGUGCCUCUUCUGGCAUCUCACGAUGACUGGGAGGGUCAUGGAAUUGGAAUUGAGUGACCCAGGGAUGUUUGAGAAGUGGAGAAGUGCUGGUCCACUUCAGCCAGCUCCAAAAAGGUGACUUGGUCCUUCUGUGUCCCACUCUUGAGCCAUCUGUGGUUAUCCUGAGUUUUCUCUGAGAUGAAAACGUCUGGAACUAAGAGGCAUGGCUAUAUUGAGACGCAGGGCAGAUGACUCCCUGGAGAGAGUGGUACAGCCCAGAAAGCACUCAGGUCAGUCAGGAGCACUGGACUGCAGACCGGCUCUGCUCCCAGCCAGCUCUGUGUCCCCCCUCAGGCUCCACUGGUGUGGAUCUGUGGGUCCUGUACACAUUGCACACAGAUGACCAAGGGAGUUGGACUCUGGCAUUUCUGAGACCUCAGCACAGAAUUCAUGCUCCAAAUUAAGCAGAAACAAGCCCUCACUUUGGGGCCAGGCCAAUGGGAGUCACAUCCCCUUUUAUUCUGGGUGUUACUGGUCUGAACUUGCCUACCGGGUUCAUUUUGGAGUUGAAUCACCUCUUUUGGAUGUUGUUUUUUAGUCUCCACCUCGGGCCUUGGGGAGGAGAGUGGAGAUGACUGGCUCUUGGUUGAGGAAGAGAAAUGUGUCUCCUCACCGCUUGCUGCUCUAGACAUCCUUUCUUCUUCUGGAGACUGUGCCUGUCUCGGUCACAUAGAUAGUCGUGGUCCACAGAAAAGGGGGCAUCACAUACCACCUGUAGCCUAAGCCUUACAGGGGUCAAAGGAGGGCUCUCUAAAGCCGUUAUCUCUAGUAGCUUCAGGAUAGGCAGACCUGCUUUUUACCUGCUGUUAUCCAUACCACCUGGCCGUAUCCCUGCCUCUGCACCUGGACCAUCUGGAUAUUUCCACUGAUCCAGGAAGCGGGCCUGGGCAGAAGCCACAGGGAGUCAUGGGGCUGUGGAUUUCUUCGGGAUAUGGAUGGGCCCUCCUCACCUUUGGUUCUAGGCCCUAGUGCAGGUCUGGCACACAGCAGGCGCUCAGUGUUUGGAGAAUAAAUGAGGAGGCCACAAGAGGUUAGAAAGACCUUUGAGUCCAGAUGAAACCAAACCACAGAUUUCCGUAUUUCUGCUGAAGAACCAUGGGGAAGGUGGAACUUGAAAGGUGGUUGGUUUUAGGCUUUUUGGACAGCUAGGGACGAGUCUCCUGAUGCAGCACUUCUCAGCUGCUGUUCCCUGGGUCAGCUGUGUCAGCAUUGUCUAGAUGGCUCGUUGGAAAUGUGAACACCUGGGUUCUACCCACACACACUAAAUCAAAUCAUCUAGGGGUGAGGCUCAGCUAUUUUCCAUAAGCAGCCCAAUAAUAACCAUGAGCUGGAUUUGGGAACCAGAGUGCCAGUUCCUUAUCCUCUUGGAGAGGGACUGAAGUGCCUCCUGCCUGAGGAAAUUGGGCUCCAGUCACUUCCUGGAGCCAUCAAACCCCACCUCCAGCCCCAAGGGGCCACCCAGCUCUGAGUCCUUAGAAGAGCAGGCAGCUCCACCCUCCGUGCUCCAGCGCCACCUGUUAGACCAGAGCUAGCAGAGAGUGUAGCCAGAGGACAGCAGGGUGGCUCUGGAAAACCUCCUGCUGGAACUGGCUGCCUGACCAUGCUCUGGGCGCUCUGGCCAAGGUGGCUGGCAGGCAAGGGGCUGCCCCUCCUGGGGGCAGUGCUGUUGCGGAAGAGAGAGAAGAGGGAACCUCAGUGGAGGCAAUGGCGGCGGGAAACCCACCCAUACUAUGACCUCCAGGUGAAGGUGCUGAGGGCCAGAAAUAUCCAAGGCACUGAUCUGUUGUCCAAGCCUGAUUGCUACGUGCAACUGUGGCUGCCCACAGCAUCCCCCAGCCAGGCCCAGACAAGGAUGGUGGCAAACUGCAGGGACCCUGAGUGGAACGAGACCUUCCACUACCGGAUCCAUGGCGCUGUGAAGAACGUCCUGGAACUCACCCUCUAUGACAAGGAUGUCUUGGACAGCAACCAGCUCUGCCUGCUGCUGUUUGACCUGAGGAGCCUCAAGCCCGGCCAACCCCACAGACACACCUUUCUACUCAACCGCCAGGAUUCACAGGAGCUGCAGGUGGAAUUUGUUCUGGAGAACAGUCAGGUGCCUGCGUCUGAAGUCAUCACCAAUGGGGUCUUGGUGGCUCAGCCCUGUCUGAGAAUCGAGGGUACCCUCGGGGGAGCUGAAACAGCCCCACAUCAAGAGUAUGGCUCAAGGCAGAUUCGGCUGGCAUUGCCCGGGGCCUACGAGAAGCCACAGCUCCUGCCCGUGCAGCCUCCUGUGGGGACGGGCCUCCCAGCCACCUUUACCUUCCACGUGAAUCCCGUGCCCAGCGCCAGGCUGAAUGUGGAGCUGCGGGAGAAACUCUCGGUCCUGCAGAGCGACCAGAGUGCUGAGCUGGAGGCUCAGACCAGCACGCUGGACAAGGGGAGCAUCCUGCUCUCCUCUCUGGCCCAAGGCCAGGUGGAACAGCGUUUUGUGGCCCUGGGGGAGGGCCAGGAGGUGGCUCUGAGUGUGAAGGCAGACCUGAGCUCUGGGGACCUUGACCUGCGCCUCGGCUUUGGUCUCUGUGACGGGGAACAGGAGUUUCUGCACAAGAGGAAGCCGAUCGUGUCCAGGGCCCUGCAGCAGGCGCUGGGACUGAGCCAGGCUCCUGACAGCGGCCAGGUGCCUGUGGUGGCUGUGCUGGGUUCAGGAGGCGGAACCCGAGCCAUGUCUUCCCUGUAUGGCAGCCUGGCGGGGCUGCAGGAGCUCGGCCUGCUGGACACUGUGACCUACCUGAGUGGGGUGUCUGGGUCCACCUGGUGCAUCUCCACACUCUACAAGGACCCAGCCUGGUCCCAGGUGAGCUUGCAGGGCCCCAUUGAGCGUGCCCAGGCUCGGGUCUGCAGCAGUAAGAUGGGGGCAAUGUCCAAGGAGCGCCUACAAUACUACAUCCAGGAACUGGGGACCCGGGAAAGCAGCGGCCACCGCGUUUCCCUCAUCGACCUCUGGGGCCUUCUCAUUGAGUAUUUCCUGUUCCAGGAGGAAAACCCUGCCAAGCUAUCUGAUCAGCAGGAGGCUGUCAGCCAGGGCCAGAACCCUUACUCCAUCUACGCCAGCGUCAAUGUCCGCACCAACAUCAGCGGGGAAGACUUUGCAGAGUGGUGCGAGUUCACCCCCCAUGAGGUUGGCUUCCCCAAGUAUGGGGCUUAUGUGCCUACCGAGCUCUUCGGCUCCGAGUUCUUCAUGGGGCGACUGCUGCAGCUCCGGCCCGAACCCCGGAUCUGCUACCUGCAGGGCGUGUGGGGCAGCGCCUUCGCAGCCAGCCUGGAUGAGAUCUUCCUGAAGAUGGCCGGCUCGGGCCUCGGCUUCCUAGACUGGCACAGAGGCAGUGUGAACAUCACAGAUGACUGCCACAGGCUCCAGCUGCAUGACCCCACGCGGCUGUGCACGAGGCUCUUCACCCCACAGGGGCCCUUCUCCCAGGCUGUGCUGGACAUAUUCACCUCCCGCUUCACCGCAGCGGAGAACUUUAACUUCAUGCGGGGCCUCUGCCUGCACAAGGACUACGUAGCCAGCAGGGAGUUCGUGGCCUGGAAAGACACGCACCUGGAUGCCUUCCCCAACCAGCUCACGCCCAUGCGGGACUGCCUGUGCCUGGUGGACGGGGGCUUUGCCAUCAACUCUCCGUUCCCACUGAGCCUGCGGCCACAGAGAGCCGUGGACCUCAUUCUGUCCUUCGACUACUCCCUGGACGCCCCUUUUGAGGUCUUACAAAUGACAGAGAAGUACUGCCUGGACCGGGGCAUCCCGUUCCCCAGGAUCGAGGUGCUCCCUGAGGACUUGGCAGACCCCCGUGAAUGCUAUCUGUUUGCCAAGGCUGAUGACCCCCGCUCGCCAAUCGUGCUGCACUUUCCCCUUGUCAACCGUACCUUCCGCACACAUCUGGCCCCAGGUGUGGAGCGGCAAACAGCUGAGGAGAAGGACUGCGGGAACUUUGUCAUCAACGGGCCAGACACUCCCUAUGGCAUGAUGAACUUCACCUAUGAGCCCAAUGAGUUCCAUCGGCUGGUGGCCCUGAGCCGAUACAACGUUUUGAACAAUGCGGAGACCGUGAGGCAUGCCCUCCGGCUGGCUCUGGACCGGCGGCAGGCUGGGGCCAGGGCUGGAGGCUGACCCAGGCUGGAGUGGACUGCGACAGAGGAGGCACCGUGGGGCUCCAGGCCAGGGCUUGGUAGAAGGAGGAGUGGUGGACUCUGGGGGGCUUCUGCUUCCCGUCUCACCAGGACCUGCCUUGAGGGCCCCAGGCCCCAGAAAGCUCCUGCAGAAUCGCAACUUGAACUUGGGGCAGGGUCCUUCUUGUAUGUGUUUCUGGGAGAAGACAGGACAGUGUGUCUCUCCAGAGGCCCUUGGGGAUGUAGGGCAGAGUUGGCAGUGUUCAUGGCACAUUGGAGUGUGUGGAAAGUCCGGCAACCAUCUAGCCUCAGGGCCCAGCCCAAACACAGAAGGACCCCAGAGGGCCCAGGUCUCAGACUCUAACCAGAACGGGAGCUGUGAGAGCUGAGGUGCAGUUUCCUCUCCUGAACCUGAGACCAGAAGCAAAGAUGUACCCAUCCGACCCACACUUCCUACAAAUGGCACUUCUGCCAGCCUGACACCACCCACCCCAACUCCUGGAUGCAGAGCUGAGUGCUGUCAAGAAUAAAGGGGGCCCUCCUGGGUUGCCAGUCUGGGUUGCUAACUUCA